AUGCCUCCGGAGCCAAGUCCGAUGAUCCAAGCUCUGCCCGACCUGAGGGCAGCCAUGCGGGAGUACUACAAGAACACCAUGUACCCCGCUGCCUACAGUCCUGGGAAUUUCACAUCCAAAGAAAAGUACAAGCCAGUUUUUGUCAAUGAGAACAAAUACAUGUCCUGGAGAACAAGUCCAAGCACUACAGUCUGGAAUAGGGGAUCUUCUUACCUCCCUCUCCUGCCCAAGGAAACAAGGAUGAACACAUUGCUGUACAGCAUACCUGUAAUGUGCCCCCUGAGACCCAUGUGCCUCAAUCAGUAUGAGAAGAUGGUGAUUGCUGACAUGAUGCAUAGAGUUCCAGUGUACAGUGUGACAGGGAGGAUACCCUUCCAGAGCUACUACGUCCCCUGCUCUGGGCGACACUGCUGCCUGCGAGGGAUUGACUACAUACUAGAGGCGAGGGCU